AUGAACAAGAUCACGUCCAACGAGCUUAAUUGGCUGGUCACUCACGAGGAUACACCAAAGGCCUCACAACCGAUACUAGGACACUUACUCACCCAAAUCUUCCAGUCUUUCACAAUUCCUCUUCCCGAUGUGUCCAACCUUAAAAUACCUUUUGGAAAAAUCCUUCAUCACAACCAGCGCAUCAACGAAAAGUUUAGCAGUACAUCACCAGAUACCCUAGUGCCGCUGUAUGACACUGAAGCGAAGACUUGGAACUGGGCUCUUCCAGUUGACCCCCCAGAAAAUGGUAGUACUCCAGCUGGGGUUGACUCAGGGUCAGACUCGGAGGACAACGCCACACAGGAAACAACUCAUGAAGAAAAUUUUGCAGCGUUUCUCAAUGCUUUUGCUAGUUGCUUGUCACGGUCGUGGUCCGAACUUGUAGCAAUGCACUUUGCAACCGGCACAUGGAGUGUGGCCAAUGCACAGAAGGCAUUGCCUGGCAGCGCUAUCAAGCACAAGCCAGAUAUUGUCCUAUCUGACGAUAUAUCUGCCAAGUGGGGAAACAUCAGGGUGGUGCUGUAUCCCCCUCGCUUCGAUAUUUACACGCAACCCAACGCAUUUCUACACAUCAUCGCUGCUAUCAUGUUUGGGAGUUUAGACUAUCGUCCCAUCAGAAAUACUCCUGCCCGACAGAGUAGUACAACAGACCAUGCUGUUACCACAUCGAGCUCUGAUUCUCUUCCAAAUCCUGAUGUAUCAUCCGGCGAAGCUCUUGAAUCGGUCGUCUCCGAUGAUUCUGAUGACUCUGAUGACUCUGAUGACUCUGAUGAGUCCUCUAAGAGUCCGAGCGCCUUGCAUGACUCGAUGGAUGAAGAGAAUUCCUCCCCCCCUCAACCCACUGCAACCCGCAGCGCUCCCCUUCUUAGCCUCAUAUCGCAAAUACCCCAGGCUGAGAUGACCGAGAGCAUCUAUUCCGUCACCCCUCUCCCUUCCCAAUUCCCUUAUUCUACUCAAUCACCCGAACCUUGCGGCAAGAUUCGUGUAGGGGAGAAAAUCUACACCAUAAAGAGGAUUCUUUUGCGACCCGAGGCCUCACUACAUCAUCAAGAUCAUUGGGUUCUGGGCAAGGACGAUAAUGUAGUCCUGAACGAGAUCAAGAUGCUGGAGUUAAUGGACAACGUCCCUGGCGUUCCAAGGCUGGUGGAUUAUUGGGUUGUUGAGCGGUCAGAUGGUGAGCCCGACAUUACCCCGCAAAUAUCGGCACAAGGAACGCCAGAGUACCAGAGGCACCAGUCGUACUCAUGUGCGUCUUGUCUUGAAGCCAUGUGGUCGCCCCCUUCACAUGUUCCGAACGCUUAA